UUGCUUACCGGCUAUAUCAAUAUAUUAUCUCCUCUCUCUCUCGUCUAGCUUUCGGCUCCGAUGGCUUCUCCACUUUCUAUCCUCCUCUCUCUCUUAUUCUCCUACUCACUCUUCUUUCCUCUUUCUUCCUCCGCCUCUCUCGGACCCGUGUCUCUCCCACUACACCGGCUCUCCCUCGCUCCCCACCCUGAGCCGUUCCAGAGGCUCGCGGGGCUCGCUAAUGCCUCCGUGCUCCGCGCCUCCCGCCUCAAAAAUCCCAAAUCUGCCGUUCACCCCACCCGCGCCCCGCUGUUCCCUCACUCCUACGGCGGCUACUCCCUCUCGCUCGCCUUCGGUACCCCUCCCCAGAACAUCCCCCUCCUCCUAGACACCGGCAGCCAACUCACCUGGAUCCCCUGCACGACCUCGUACCAAUGCCGCCGCUGCGCCUCCCCGGCCAAUCCCGCCGGCCCCACAGCUGUUUUCCUCCCCAAGUCCUCGUCCUCCGCCCGCCUCAUCGGAUGCCGAAAUCCCAAGUGCUCCUGGAUCCACUCUUCGGAGCUCCUCUCCCGCUGCAAGGACUGCCCCUCCACUAAUAAUUCCUCCUCCUCCGACUGCCCCGUGGUUUGCCCGCCCUAUGUCCUCAUCUACGGCUCCGGUUCCACCGCUGGCGUCCUCCUCUCCGAGUCCCUCUCCCUCCCCGGCCGCACCGCCACCGACUUCGCCGUUGGCUGCUCGGUCUAUUCCGACCGCCAGCCCGCCGGCGGCAUCGCCGGCUUCGGCCGCGGCUCCCCCUCCAUCCCCGCCCAGCUCGGCCUCAAGCGCUUCUCCUACUGCCUCAUCUCCCGUCGCUUCGACGACGACGCCGCCGAGAGCGGCUCCGUCGUCCUCGACGGCGCCCGCGACUCCAGCGCCGACGCCGUCUCUUUCACCCCUUUUCUGAAAAACCCUUCCCCCUCAGCCUCCGGCGCCGACCUAUCGGCUUUCUCCGUCUACUACUACGUGGGGCUCCGCAAGAUCACCGUCGGCGGGAAGAAGGUCAAGAUCCCGUCCUCGAUGCUCGUCCCGGGGCCCGACGGCAGUGGCGGCACGAUCGUGGACUCCGGCACUACCUUCACCUAUAUGGAGCCGGCGGUGUUGGAGCCAGUGGCGGCGGCGUUCACGGACCGGCUGGCCGGAAGGUUGAACCGGUCUACAACCGUGGAGAGGCUGGCGGGGUUGCGGCCCUGCUUCGCGCUGCCGGCGGCGGUGGCGGCGGCGAAGAAGUUGGAGCUGCCAGAGAUGGUGCUCCACUUCAAGGGCGGGGCGGAGAUGCGGCUUCCGCUGGAGAACUACUUCGCCUUCGCCGGGGAGUCGCGGAAGACGGCGGCGGUGUGCCUCACCGUCGUCUCUGACAGCGGCGUCGCCGGUGGGCCGGCGAUCAUUUUGGGGAAUUUUCAGCAGCAGAACUACUACAUGGUUUACGAUUUGGAGAGGGAGCGAUUGGGGUUCCGGCGGCAGUCGUGUAUCGGGUCGUAGAUCGAACGGUGGGAUUAACUGCCUGAUGGGUUGCUUAAUUAAAAUAUUAAUCUCGAUUAUUAAAUAAUGAUUGUUGUGAGACUUGUAUGGAAAAGGUUGGAAUAAACUUGUUCUGGAAUUGUUUAAUUGUUGAGAAUUUUAAGA